AUGGCGACCGAAAAGCAGGUCAUCAUCACUGAGGAGCUGCCCGAGUCCGGUAGACCCUCGGAUCAGGACUCCUCGCCUGAGAGCUAUCAAUAUGGCGCCAACAAGGAUCUAUCAUCUAACAAGUCCUUUUUCUCGUGGUUCGACCCCAAUGACAGCCCGGCGGAGCGCCGCCUAGUACAGAAGCUCGACUUCUUCAUCCUGACAUAUGCUUUUGUCGGCUUCUGGGUGCUGUACAUUGACCGCGGUGUUCUUGCCAACGCCUAUGUCAGCGGUAUGAGAGAAGACCUCGAGCUUUUUGGGAACCAAUAUAUCCAGCUUAAUGCCGUAUACAGUGCUGGAUACUGCAUCUCCAUGAUACCCGCCACACUCCUCAUCACGAAAUACAAAGCACAGUUGGUUAUUCCCGCUUGCAUGUUCAUGUGGGGUAUAUGGAGUAUCUGCUGCUUCCAGGCUAAGAGUUUUCGAGAGCUGAUUGCCUACCGCUUUUUAAUGGCCUUGUCACAAGGUCCUUACUUCUGUUCAAUCCAUUAUGUUCUAGGCAGUUGGUACCGCACCGAUGAAAUCAUUCGCCGAGCUGGUAUAUUCUAUGUGUCCUCCGGUGUGGGCACCAUGACCACUGGUCUUCUCGCCGCUCGCAUUUACACCAACCUCAACGGGCAUCUUGGCCACGCUGGAUGGCGAUGGAUGUAUCUCGUCGCCUCUUUCCUAACCUUCCCGGUCGCCAUCUGGGGACUAACCUCUCUACCUGGUACUCCCAGGGAUGGCAAGCGUUGGUUCAUGACUGAACAUGAGUUCGGGUUGGCCAAAGAGCGCAUGGCCUUGCAGGGCCGUCUGGACCCUAAGGGACUGAGUCUUUCCAAGGAAUCCUUGAAAAGGUUCCUCGGUCGAUGGCACUUCUGGGUGCUGGUUCCAUGGAACGUCCAGUGGACUCUUGGUUUCUUGGGCAUGAGUUCCGGCGCUCUGUGGUUGAGGGCACAGACACAGUAUACAACGGCGCAAGUGAACAACUUUACUGCAAUCUCUCCCAGUCUCGGCAUAAUUUGGAUUAUGUCAUUCGCUUGGGUGGUAGACAAGUUCGGUCGCAAAGCUAUUGUUCCAACCAUUGCCUUUGCCUGUGGCAUUCACUUCAUCUCUAAAUUUGCCUGGCUCCUGUUUGAUCAGACAAGCUUCGGGUUUAAAUGGUUUGCUAUUGUCGUCAACUACAUCGAGGUCUCGCUCUCGCCUAUCAAUUACAGCUUAGCAAACAUCGUCUGCGCAGCAGACGCUGAAGAGCGUGCCUUUGUGAUUAGCUCCAUGCUUGCAAUUUCUACUGCUUUUGGAUCCUGGGUUAGUAUCCUAUCGUUCCCAACUGUAGAGGCCCCCAGAUUCUUCAAGGGAUACGUUAUGGAGGCAGUAUUGCAAGUUACGUACCUGACUUGGACUAUUAUGGUUGUGUGGUUUUCUGGCCGAGAGGAAAGGCAGACGAAGAAGAAGCAGAAAGAGCUUAGGGGUAACCCAUGA